UUGAAAUGACGCAUAUUCCAUCACUUGCUAAUAAAUUAAAACUCAAAUGGAUUAAAAAAUUAACGGACAACAACAUAAAAAGUAAGUGGAAAAUACUCUGGCAACAGCAGUUGGAAGAUAUCAGAGAACAUGCAUGGGAAUACAACCUCAGAGAAAUCAAUCCGAUGAUUGCCAGCAACAUAAAACUUACAGCAGCAAGGGACGUAUACAAUGCAUGGUGUGCAAUACAUUUUAAGGAGUACAAGGACAUCCAUACACCCGAAAACCAGAUAAUUUGGAACAAUAGACAUGUACAAAAUAGAAGGGAGACCUUAUAUAUAGAGGGGUGGAAAUCCAAAGGGAUAAUAUAUAUCAAACAGUUGUAUGAGGACAAUCAAUUAAUCCCGUACCAAGCACUGAAAAGGAAAUUUGAUUUAAUAAACACAACAUUCAUUCAAUGGUACCACAUCAUACACAGCAUACCAGCAGAAUGGAGAAACCAAAUAAAAACACCGAGACGGACCGAGACAGAAACUGAUGUGAAAGAAGAAUCCAUUUCUAUAAAGGAACUACAAACAAUGACGAAUAAGGAUACAUAUAACAUACUAAU